UUAAAUUUUUUCGAAAUAAAUUAAUAAAAUUUUCAUACUAUUUUGACAGUUCAGUCAUUAAUUGUAAAUCUGAUGAUUUCUAUUACAAUUAUCCUUGAAAAUCGAUUAAAUUUCCAACAAUGAAUUUAAUUUUGAUCUUUCAAAAUUUUUAGAAAUUCUGUCACCUCGAAUUUAAUUAUUUGCCGCUAAAAUAUGCGAAGGCUGUUUAUUUCGAAAAAAAUUACCACAUUUCGGGUUGUGACCAUCAUACAAAAAAAAGAGGUUUCUAUCGUCACCCUCUAUAAUAAACAUAUACUUACAUAUACUCACAUAUAUGUACGUAUGUAUUGUUUUAAUUUUGUUGCCACGGUAACUAAAGCAUGACACUGAAUUAUAAUAAAGUUUCAAAACAUACUUUAGUAUACUUAUGAAAUAUAAUAAACUCUGUAUUUAUUUAAAAGUAAUUUAACGUUAAUUUAAAAUGUCCUGUCGAGAUUUGAGAAAUUUUACAGAAACAAUGAGAUUUUUGGGGUAUCCCAGAUUAAUUUCUCUGUCAAAUUUUCGCGUUCCUAAUUUUUCUCUAGUCGCUGAAAUUUUAGUUUGGUUGAUCCAUCGAUUUGAUCCUGAUUCAGAUAUGACUGCUGAGUAUGAAACUGUUGAAGAUCGUGUGUCUAUUAUACGACGUGCUGCUGAAUUUAUAGCAAUUAAAACAAAUAUUAAAUUAAAUACUAAAAAACUGUAUCAAGCUGAUGGUCACGCCGUACACGAGUUGCUUAAAAUAGCAACAGCAUUAUAUGAAGCGCAAAAUAAAAAUGCUGAGGAUGAAAUAAUGUCCGGAGAAAUUUUAAAUCCUUUGGUGAUUGAUAUAACUGAUGAGUUAUCAGAACUUAAAAGUACAAGACAAAUGGCCAGUCAGUUAACAGUAAGUGGCGCCAGUUUAUUUGAUUUAUUAGGGAGAGAAGUUCAGCUUCGUGAAAUACGUAAUAGUAAAGCUGCGCGUCAAUUUGAUACUUCGCAAAUUGAAGUUGCUUUUAAAGAUGUCAUUGAAAGUAUGAAGAAAGACAUUGAUGACACAAGGCGGCAAAUUGAUAAUGUCAAGGAGACUGAACAAAAUUUAGAAACAAAAAUCGAAAGACGUCAAAUGGAAUUAGAAAGAAAUAAAAAAAGAUUAUUAACUUUACGUAAAGUACGCCCGGCAUUUAUGGAAGAAUUUGAAAAAUUAGAAGUUGAACUUCGUAUAGUUUAUGAAAAUUAUCUUCAAAAGUGCCGUUAUUUAGCAUAUUUAGAGCAUCUUUAUGAAGAUAUGACAAAAGUUGAGCAAGAAAAGUUUGAACAAAGACAAGCUGCUACUAAAAGACAAUUGGAACAGCUUCGCGGUGAAGAUGCUAGCUUUGAAAGUAUAAUGGAAGGCAAUGAUUCAAUAUUUACAAAUAAUAUUCGCAGUACUUUAAAUCUUGAUGGAACAGAAAGAGAUUUAGAUAAAAAUGAUCAAGGACAAGUCCAAGCUGGAGAAACAACAGGUAGGGCUUCAAGAGUACAAUUAAAUCAAAGAAGAAUUUAUGGUACCAUGUCAGGAAGACCACGUGGUUUACGAGAAUCAAAUGACAGUAUUGGCUCACUAGAUGACAGCGACAGUGAUCUUUUGAUUGAUGGUGACCUCGACGAUGAUGAAGAAGAUGAUGACAUUGACAUCGAAAAUGUACGAGGUAACUUAUUGAGUACGGUGACGAGUCAUGAAAUAGCAGCAUCAUUAGAUUUAAAAAGUAAUACAGAAAAAAGGUCAAUCAGUAAAGCGGGACAUGUUGAUGAAGAUUUUUAAUAUUAAUAAAUAAAUAUAAUUAUUAUAAAAUUCUCCCAGCACGAGAAUGCACCUCGGGUGUUUUCGGUUUUUACUCCCACUCUAGUUGUUUUUUGUACUAAAUAUUGCCCCCACUUUUCCUGCGUGUGCGCAGACUGAAAGGAAUCGGCAGUGGGGGAACUCCGAAGUUCAUUCUCUUACUGGGACAAGUUCACUUAUGUAUUAAAGUAAUAAAAUAAUGAAUGGUUAUCUACAAUGGCCGUCGUUUUAUUAAUAAUAAAAGCACCAGUAUCAAUAAAUUUAAUUUCAAAUUAUAAAUUAUUAUUAUUUAAUUAUAAUUUUAAAUAUUAUAAAUACCAUGUUUACUUUUUACAAUUUAAAAUUAUUAAAAAAAUUUUAGCAUUAGUUUAAAAUUACAUGUGCAUUACAGUCUCGAGUGUAACUUAUUUUUUUGGCUAAAAAAUAUUUUUUAUUUUUUUUGUAUACAUACUUAAUUAAAACAGUGAUAAUCAAUAUCAUUAACGAUAAUUAUUGGCCGUUAA